UCCCUAAACUAUCAAAACCACAGGGGUUCCGCUAAACGUAUCAUCAAUUCUGAGACAACGCCGCUCGGCAGUAGGUCUAGUCUGCAAAGAGAGGAACCGUUUUACUCCUAUAUCUUGAUAUAUAGGGUCAUUGUAAACUAGUGUCAAGUUGAUUUGUCGUAAACGGUUGGAUAAGAAUUCAACACAAUGCAAUAUGUUAAUUUAACAGAAGAUGCAUGCAGAAACGGUUCCUCAGUGCGUGUGUGGUGUGGCUCUCAGGCUGUGGUGUGUGUGCUGAGUGGAGGAGCCACCGAUGGAAAUGGCACCUCCCCCCUCCCCAACACCACGGAGACAAUCGCCGUGCUGGUCACCACCGGCAACAACAAAUGGAGCAACUAUAACUUCUGGGUGGGGCUGAGCCUGGCCGUGAUGUCGGCCUUUCUGAUUGGUGGAAGCGUGUUACUGAAGAAGAAAGCCCUCCUCCGAUUGGCUGAUACUGGACACACGAGAGCAGGUGAUGGUGGCCAUGGCUAUCUGAAGGACUGGCUGUGGUGGGGGGGUCUUCUCACUAUGGGCGCCGGCGAGGGGGCCAACUUUGCAGCGUAUAUGUUUGCUCCUGCUACCGUGGUUACACCACUUGGCGCUGGAAGUGUCCUUAUCAGUGCAGUUCUGUCCUGCUACCUGCUGGGGGAGACCCUGAACCUGUUGGGGAAGCUGGGCUGUGUGCUCAGCCUGCUGGGCAGCACCCUCAUGGUCAUCCACGCCCCUGAAGAGGAGGAGAUCUCCACUCUGGAGCAGAUGACCCAAAAGCUACUGGACCCAGGGUUCCUGGUGUACGCCAGUGUGCUGCUGGUACUCUGCCUGGUGCUCAUCUUCUACCUGUCUCCUCGCUAUGGCAACAGCAACAUCCUUAUCUAUAUCAGCAUCUGCUCUCUACUGGGGGCCUUCACUGUCUCCUCUGUGAAAGGACUGGGCUUCGCUAUACGCACAGUCUUCUUUGACGUCUCCGUAGCAGCCAACCCUCUGACCUGGAUCCUGCUGCUGAUGCUAGUCUCCUCCAUCGUCAUCCAGGUCAACUACCUCAACAAGUCCCUGGACUCCUUCAACACCCUGCUGGUCUACCCCAUCUACUACGUGUGCUUCACCUCCGUGGUGCUGCUCACCUCUGUCAUCCUCUUCCAAGAGUGGAGCUCCAUGUCCGGGGUGGACGUGGUGGGGACACUGGGCGGGUUCCUGGUCAUCGUCCUGGGGGUGGCCAUGCUGCACCUGUUCAAGGACCUGGUGGUGACCCUAGAGGGGGUGGCCUGGAGGCUAUGUCAGCCGCUGGACAGGGAGGAAGGGGGGGAGGGGAUGGGGGAGGUGGGGGAUGGGAGGGGGGAGGUGAGGGGGAAGAGGGGGGAGGAUAAACAUACGCUGAUAGACAACAUGGUGGUGGAGAGUUUGCCCCCCAUGAGGGAGGAUGGGCCUAGGGUCUUCAUCAUCAGCUAGUUGUCUUCAUCCUCUUCAUCUUCCUCAUCUUCCCUACCUUCAUAUUGAUAGUCCUUGUCAUCAUCCACUGCCGUAGCGUCUUCAUCAGCAGCUGAUCAUAUUCACCAUUAUCAUCAUCAUCAUCAUCAGCGGCAGCAGCUGAGAUGACGACGGCGAUCCCAUUCAUGCCACCUUGCUUUUCUCGCCAUCAUCAUUUUCUGAUGGUUUCCUCCUUCAUCAGGAGGUCUUCAUCCCUCUCUGCCCCCAAGCAGCGUGAAGACUGCUCUAUAGAGAUGCACUUGAACUCAUGUAAAUAUGGCCGUAAAUAAUGUCUUUAAGGGGUUGUUAUGUUGCGGUGUUGAUGCACAGUAGACAAUGAACAGUAACUGGUGUACAGUAGCUGGUGUACAGUAGCUGUACAGGACUCAGGGUGUUGAGGAUCGGCUGGUCUCAAAAGAGAGCAGCAGUCACCCCCAGCAGAGCAAGCUGGGAGUGACGCUCUUGUCUUCAGAUGCAUCAACCAUGGACCUGACCACUGAGACAACAUCUCAGGUCUCAAACACUGCAGUACUAGAACCAGAACAUCCUCUUACUGGAGUUAAAGGAUAAACACAUUCUGUUCUAGAACUGCUUAGGACCGUCCUGGGCUGCGUUUCCCGAUAACGAUGGAUCGUAGCAACGAUCGAGCAAAAUAACGAAACCAUUGAUAUUUCUUGCGUGCGUUUCCCAAACAUGCUCCUAAGGAGUAGGCUUAUCUAUGCGCUUUCAAGAGCUACGAAUUUUCAAGAGACACUUUAGCUACGGUGUCUUUGGGAACAGCCCGUAAAACUAAGAUUCGUCGUACGACGGAUUCUACGAUCAACUUUGUCUUACGACACUUUCGGGAAACGCAGCCCUGGCUGGUGUGUCAGAACCAUGCAUGGAUGCAGAACGUUUUCAGGACCAAGAGGCUCAGGGUCGGAAUUGGGUAAAUUUCAAUGAUCCAGCCAGCCAGAGUAAUUCAGGAUCCCUUAAGCCCCACUGGGAUUUUCAGGGUGUUAUGUGUUGGUUUGAAGUGACCCUAGUUCCUGGCAGUGUUGUUUGAUAGUAACUGACCCGAGUGUGAUCAGGAUCCUUCAUAGGAAGGCUGACUGCAGAAGUCCCUGACAUGCUGAUGACGGAGAUCUAUGAAGCUGCAGGAUGACGAGGCUGCAGACCUCUGUCUAUGAGGUGUGGUGGUUCACCAGUGGUUCUUCCGUUUUGCCUGUGGGGGUCCCCUUCUGGAGAACCAUUGAAGAGCCUUUCUUGUUUCCCUGUAGAACCGCUCAUGGUUUAUAAUAGUUGCAACACUUCUAGAAAGCAAUACCACAACCGUGAAUAUGUUGUCAACAUUGCGUCCCAGAUGUUGUGUUGACCUGUUGAGGUCAUUGGUUAUAGUCACGUGACAGUCACCAUGAGUCGUAGAGAAGAUACUUCAUAUACUUCGUAUGAUUGGAGGAUGGGUGAACAUCUGUAGAUCCCACCAUUACUAGGCCCUACAUAGACCUCGUAGAUGUAAAGCUGUGUGCUGAAGGCCCUGUCUAUAAUGUCACAGAUGGUACUGUACCUGGUCUAUGAUGUCACAUUUGUUACUGCAGGCCCUUGUCUAUGAUAUAAAAUAGCUAUGGAAGACUGGCCUCGCCUGCAUUAGUUUUUGAAAGAGCUGGUAUUAUUCACAAUUAACAACAAGAAGAGCUAGAUGUAUUUAUUUGAUAUGUCCGUGAUGAGAACAAGCAUGUCAUAUUCCUCUGUUGGUCAUUAAAACAUUCUGGCUUGA